AUGGGCUGCGGAGGAUCAAAAGCGACCACGGUCGCCAUAGAUCCGGCGAACUCACAACAAAGCGACGGAGGCGCGGCCACUGCCGAAAUGGGAGGCUCAAGUCCGGUUGCCAAAUCGCCUACGACGGAACGAGUGCCCACUCCAGCAGGUCCAGGAAAACAAAUUCGAAGGCCAAGUCGUGUUGCUCCACUUGGUGCUAGCACUGAAGAUCUGCAGGCUGAAGAACUGCCUGAAGGAGAUAUUAAAGAACAGAGAGUUACGGAGCAAUCGUUGGCUUUCGUAAUUCCGUUUGAAGAUGAACCUUCAGAAGAAAGUAUCAUUAAAAAACAUCCACCUAAAAGACUUCAAAGGCUUGAAGAAAAUGCCGGCCCUUUACCAACAUUGGAAGAAAUAACAGAAAAACAGGCUGUAGUUGAAAUGAGAAGGCAGCAGAUUUUGCAGAGUCGUGUGCUGUCGUCUAAAAAUAUGAGAAAUGGUAAAUCUAUUGAUGCUGAAAAUCCAGACGAGGAUGGACUCCUGGAUGUCGAUUGCAAUGAGAUUGAUGAGAACACUGAAAUUAAUGGAGAGACUCAGGAUGAAAAUAAAUCUGAAAAUAAAGAAAACAUUAAAAAUAAUAAUUUAUUAGUGCCAGAAAAUGAUAAUGAAUUUGAAAAAAAUGAUGCUAGACCCCCUAUUGAAGACUCUAAUAAGAAUAGUGAGCAACUAGAAUCGUUGCAGUCAGCUAAAGAAACUGCAGUUGAAACUGAUAAUGUAGAAAAAGAAGGAGUUGAUUAUUAG